ACACCUUGAGUUAAUUCCAGGGCAUUGGUUUUUUGCUUUUGUUUUCUUUUUUUGGUCUAUGUGAUGGUGGGGAGUUUAAAGGUAAUAUUAAUACUGAGAUCUUUCUAUAUCUGUAAGUUUCUCCUGACAUAAGUCAUUGUUGAUUUCACUGUUGUAGGGGAAAGGCUCUAGGGCGGCAGAUAAGGCUGUUGCCAUGGUGAUGAAGGAGAUACCGAGGGAGGAGUCUGCAGAGGAAAAGCCCCUCCUUACUAUGAAAUCACAGCUGGUGAAUGAACAGCAAGAAAGCAGACCCCUCCUGAGCCCCUCCAUUGAUGACUUCCUUUGCGAAACCAAAUCAGAAGCUAUUGCACGCCCUGUGACAUCAAAUACAGCAGUUUUGUCAGCAGGGUUGGAUCUUUUGGAUCUCAGCGAGCCUGUCUCCCAAAGCAAAAGCAAAACGAAAAACGGGGAGAAUUCAUCAAGAGGGGAAACCCUAAAAGCCUCACUCCAGAAAAAGAAGGUAGACAAUCCAGACCUUAUCAGCGUGGAUGCUGAACAGAAAAUCCAGCCUCUCAGAGGUCCUGAGAAGUCCUCCUUGGAUUUAGUCAGUAUUCAGGCACAGCUGGAGAAAUGGGAUGAAGUGAGGUUUCAUGGAGAUAAGGCUACCAAAGGUUUUUCUGCACCAGAGAAAAAGCCUUCAGCUUCUAGAGCUCCAUCAAAAGAAUUUUUAUGGUCCGCAGAGAACAGAUCCCAGUCAGAGCUGGCUAAUGUCAAAACUGCUUUGGAAUCUGAUUCAGCCUCGGAUUUAGAAUUAGCACCUGCACCAAAGGUACGAUCCACCAAAGAGCAACAUUGGAGAGGCACUCUCCUCUCACGAAAUCACUCCUUGGAGGAGGAAUUUGAAAGAGCCAAAGCUGCUGUUGAGUCAGAUACAGAGUUUUGGGAUAAAAUGCAAGCAGAAUGGGAGGAAAUGGCUCGAAGGAAUUGGAUUUCAGAGGGCCAGGAAGCUCAAGGCCAAGCGACUGUCUCCAUUAACGAGAAGGGCUAUUAUUUUCACACAGAAAACCCUUUCAAAGACUGGCCUGGUGCUUUUGAAGAAGGACUGAAAAAGCUGAAGGAGGGAGAUUUGCCCCUGACCAUUUUAUACCUCGAAGCAGCAAUACUCCGAGAUCCCCAUGAAGCUGAGGCCUGGCAGCUUCUUGGAAUAACACAAGCAGAGAAUGAGAAUGAACAGGCAGCAAUUGUUGCCCUCCAAAGGUGCUUAGAUCUUCAGCCAAACAACUUAAAAGCCUUGAUGGCCUUGGCAGUGAGUUUCACAAACACCAACCAUCAGCAGGAGGCCUGUGAAUCACUGAGGAGCUGGAUUAAGCAGAAUCCGAAGUAUAAGUAUUUAACAAGGAGCAAGAAAGGCUCUCCAGCACUGACCAGGAGAAUGUCCAAGACUGCCGAUGAAAGUUCAUUGCUGGAAGAGGUGAAAAAACUGUACCUGGAGGCAGCUCAUCAAAAUGGUGAAAUGAUAGAUCCAGACUUACAAACGGGACUUGGAGUACUCUUUCACCUAAGUGGGGAAUUUAACAGAGCAAUAGAUGCAUUUAGUGCUGCCCUCACUGUUCGACCAGAGGAUUAUUCAUUGUGGAACCGUCUAGGUGCAACCUUAGCGAACGGAGAUCGAAGUGAGGAGGCUGUGGAAGCCUACACAAGAGCUCUGGAAAUCCAGCCUGGAUUCAUCCGGUCCAGGUACAAUUUAGGAAUAAGCUGCAUCAACCUGGGAGCAUACAGAGAGGCAGCAAGCAAUUUCCUCACAGCUCUCAACUUGCAACGCAAGAGUCGGAAUCAACAGCAUGUUCCUCAUCCUGCAAUUUCAGGUAAUAUCUGGGCCGCGCUCCGGAUCGCUUUGUCCAUGAUGGACCAGCCAGAACUUUUUCAAGCUGCUAAUGUGGGUGACCUGGAUGUCCUAUUAAAAGCUUUCAACAUUGAGCCCUAACAUACAGACAGAUACACAACACACACACAUAUACAACACACACACACAACCACAUACACACACACAUGAAGCCCGCCAAAAAUGGGAAAACAUUUCAUUCUGUACAGGAGAAGAAACAUCUUUAAAUUCCCAGUUUGAUCAGAUAAUGACAACUUGGACAUUUUUCGUCAGAAGGAGUUCUAGAGGAUUCCACCAGAUUUCCAGGAAAAAAAAACCAUUAAAAAGCACAAAACUUUGUAAAUAUCACCAUGCUCAAAUGUUCAUGAUGAAUCCGAGUGAGCAUCAUCUACUAGAACACAGAUGGGAAUUGAAUGAAGCAACCUCAUGUGAAUGUUCCUUAUUACAUGGACACAUAUGUACAAGGGAAGUAAGUUUUGAGCUAUGUCUUUAAA